UGUGGAAAGACAGGCGCGCCAAAUUUAAAUUCUUGUCAAUGUCAUGUUUUUUUUCCUCAUAUUUUGUUUAUUUUUCACAACCGGUGCUGUUCUGCACCAGUGCCCGAAUUACAAAGCUUUGCGUAAAUCCGUAAGUAGAGAGCAAGACGCACGAGAGGAUGAGCGGCUCAAGUGCAAUUUUUUAAUGACAAAUCCGAAAAAAGUGAUAAACCCGUAUAAAAAUGAUAUUCACAAUUACGUGCAAUCGAAGCCUUUUGGUUCAAUUUGCUUGAAAUGCAGCAUGUGUCUCGCCGUUGCGAAAGAGUUUGACACUAUUUUCAGAGAAUUAUCUAAUGCAAACAAAGGCAAAAAACAGUCAGGAAUUGUUGACGAAAUUACAAACAGUAUUGACUCAUUAUGUUCAAAUGGAUUUGAAAACUACGACUUGAGAAAAUUUAAACAAUAUCAAAUAGUAACUGACGAUUUCUCAUGUAGCACUCAUGUCCGUACAAAAAUGGACGGGAAAUGGACCGAAAAAUUAAGAGAAAUUUGCCAGAUUUAUUCAAAUUACAUGGACGUGCAAUAUCUGCUAAAUGACUAUUUAAAAGGAAUUGACGACAUUGCAAAAUAUUUAUGCAGCAACAAUGGUAUUUUCCGUGACUGUUCGAGUCUCAACUUUCAAAACACGUCGAUAAAUCCUGAGCAAAAAAACAGCGCCGUUUUGUGCAAAUAAAACCUAAAAACUUGAUUUAAAAUUCUUUAUUGAGAUAUACAAAAUAAUUUAAAUAAACUCAUUGUAAAUAAAAACAUUAAUAAAUUAAAUAUGCUC